AUGGCUAAGGCCCUUGCGGCCACGCCAGGCAAAGACAUUAUCCCCACGAACUCAGGCGAGCUCCCGGCACCAAUUGACACGCUCGCAAAGCCUCCAUUCAUAUCGACUACUGACGUUGUUCUGGGAGUUCAUGCGUGUGGUGUUCCAGCAGAGCAUCCAGUCGCGGUUGGCAGCGGCGUUGUUCUGUCCCCUGUAGACGAUUGCCUCCUUAGAUGGGCCCAUGAGGCGGCCCCGGACAUGGAGGAACCCGGCCCACUGCCCAUUCUGGAUAACUUGAGGGUAAGGGGAGCGCCACGUGUCGCCCUCCCAAGUGUUGCUGAGGACGAAUGA